AUGUUUGGGUCCUCGGUUUUGUCCUCGUUUGUGACUUCAUCCAUUUAUACGCGUCUUCUCGCAGCGAAACGCGCGAGACCAGAGGCUAGAGGGGAUCGUGAAUUCGGUGCUGACGGGAGCGCCAUGGCGGUCACGGUGAAACAGAUGGCUCUCAUUGUUGCAUUGUUGGGCGUGGUGUCCUUCGUUUUGGGAGUUGUGGCGGAAAACAAGAAGCCUGCUGCUGGAACACCUGUGACUGGUUUGGAUGGUGCCUCUGUCACCUGCAAGUACCCGGGUGAUCCAACCGUUGCAUUGGGGUAUCUUUCUGUAGCAUUUCUUGUUGCAUCCACUGUGGUUGGGUAUCUGUCUUUGUUUUAUCCUUACCAAGGAAAGAGUAUUCCACAAGGGGUUCUGUUUAAACACACCACUUUCACAGUGUUCUUCAACAUUUCUGUGUUCACUGCCGGAUUAGCCGCAGCUUUGCUUUUAUGGCCAACAAUCACUGAACAGCUUCACCUGUCACGCAAUGUCCACCAUGAUAUCAAGUAUGAAUGCCCUACAGCCAAAACUGGUCUCCUUGGAGGUGGUGCCUUUUUAUCCCUUGAUUCAUCUCUCCUGUGGUUGAUUGCACUCAUGUUAGCUGGCAAUGCUCGGGAGGACUUCUUUGAGGAAGAAGGCAAUGGUGACAAAGGUGAAUAUGGCACAGCCUCCUCUGAUAAUUAUUAUGAUGCUGAUUCAGGAUUGAAGGGGAGUGCCUGA